AGGGAGGGUUUUACUCAGUUCGUAAUUUCGUGUUGACGCUUUCGAUUUGUUUACUGAAAGCUUUUUAAAAUUAUAUCGGAAAUAUGUGGAAGGCAUUGAUCACGUUGUCAUGCCUGGUGGCGCUCGCGCAUGGCCACGGCCGGCUCAUGGACCCACCCAACAGAGGCUCCAUCUGGAGGUUCGGGUACAACUCACCAGCUAACUACGAUGAUGAUGGACUCAACUGCGGCGGAUUCUAUCAUCAGUGGUCCGUUAAUGGGGGAAAAUGCGGUGUAUGCGGCGAUCCCUACGACAGCCCUCAACCCCGCGCUCACGAACUAGGUGGCACAUACGGCAAGGGGUACAUAGUCGCCACCUACGCACCCGGUGACGUCAUCACCACCAACGUCUACAUCAGCGCCUACCACAUGGGCUUCUGGGAGUUCAGGAUAUGCCUCGACCCCUACGACAACACGCAAGAGUGCUUCGACCAAAUCCUCUUAGAGUUAGAAGACGGGGGCACCAAGUACUACCCCAAAGAAGGCAGUGGCACUUACGAAGUCAACUACCGUAUACCUUCCAACAUUGUCUGUGAACAUUGUGUCCUGCAAUGGAAGUAUACAGCUGGUAACAACUGGGGAGUAUGUGAGAACGGCACACAGGGUCUUGGAUGUGGAAACCAGGAGAACUUCUUCUCUUGCUCAGACAUAGCCAUCGAAGGAGAUGCUCCCUAUAAUACAGAGGCUCCUAAGGAUGUUUAUACUCCAGUUCAAAGCCCAGGACUUGAGCUGACAGGAGAUCUCCUGAGACUGCUAAUCCUGACAAACGAGAUACAAGACGUUCGUCCUUCUUACCGCGACCCAUAUCGCAAGAAAUACAUGAAUAGACACAAGCGAAAGAAAAUUAAUAAUAAAAAGCCGAAGAAACGAAGACCUAUAAAGAUGUAUUAUCGAUGAUGACCACAAGGCAUCACCACAUCCAAAGAAUACUCAAAUAUUUUUAAGAAGUAUAGUAUUUGUAUGUAUUUAGAAAUAGGUGCAGUGUGCUAAGAAAAAUAUUAACAGACUGUUUGUCUUAUAAAUUAAGCAAAACUGUUUUAUGAACAAAAAUCUUCUUUACAACAAGAGAGUAAGAAAGGAUAUAUUAUUGUAAAAAUGAAAUAAAACAAACUUUUCCAUUUAA